GUGGUUCCAGUUAAAAAAAAAAAAAAAAAAAGAAAUUAAAAAGAAAAAAGAAAUUCUAACGCCGGUAGCGAGGUUAGCGUUAAGACCGUCUUCUUUUGUUUCUCUGUUUUAAGUCUUAAAACUCCGAUUUCGGUCCCGGUUUGCUUCAGAUCCGGCUAUCUCCGAAUAUGAGUAGCCUGGUCGAGAGGCUUCGUGUUAGAUCGGAGCGAAGGCCAGUUUAUAACUUAGAUGAAUCGGAUGAUGAAGAUUUCGUGUCAGGAAAACCUGGGAAAUCUCAAGAAAAAAUCGAAAGGAUAGUCAGGGACGAUGCGAAGGCUGACUGUUGUCAAUCUUGUGGAGAAAAUGGCGAUCUUUUGAGCUGUGAAACGUGUACUUAUUCUUACCAUCCCAAGUGCCUACUUCCACCUAUAAAAGCUACUCUUCCUAGCAACUGGAGAUGUCCAGAAUGUGUUAGCCCUCUCAAUGAUAUUGAUAAGAUUUUGGACUGUGAAAUGCGUCCUACUGUAGCUGGUGAUAAUGAUGUGUCCAAGCUGGGUUCAAAGCAAAUUUUUGUAAAACAGUAUCUUGUGAAGUGGAAAGGAUUAUCUUAUCUGCACUGUACUUGGGUACCUGAGAAAGAGUUCUUAAAAGCAUUUAAGUCAAAUCCUCGUUUGAGGACUAAAGUAAAUAACUUCCAUCGUCAAAUGGACUCGAACAAUAACGCUGAGGAUGACUUUGUUGCCAUUCGGCCUGAAUGGACUACUGUUGACCGGAUUCUUGCUUGCAGGGGAGAUGAUGAUGAGAAGGAAUAUUUUGUGAAGUAUAAAGAACUUCCUUAUGAUGAAUGUUAUUGGGAAUUUGAAUCAGAUAUAUCAGCAUUUCAGCCUGAAAUAGAAAAAUUUAACAGAAUUCAGUCAAAAUCUCGCAAACUGAACAAGCAUAAAAGCAGCCUUAAAGAUGCUACUGACUCCAAGAAGAAGUCAAAAGAAUUUCAACAGUAUGAACAAAGUCCUGAAUUUCUAACUGGAGGCUCCUUACAUCCAUAUCAACUAGAAGGCUUGAACUUCUUGCGUUUUUCGUGGUCCAAACAGACGCAUGUGAUACUUGCUGAUGAGAUGGGCCUUGGAAAAACUAUACAAAGUAUUGCAUUCUUAGCAUCUCUUUUUGAAGAAAGCCUCUCGCCGCAUUUGGUUGUAGCUCCACUUUCAACAUUGCGGAACUGGGAGCGUGAAUUUGCAACAUGGGCACCCCAACUGAAUGUUGUCAUGUACGUUGGCUCUGCUCAGGCUCGCACUGUUAUAAGGGAGUAUGAAUUUUACUAUCCCAAGAGUCACAAAAAGAUUAAGAAAAAGAAAUCUGGUCAAGUUGUAGGUGAAAGCAAACAAGAUAGAAUCAAAUUUGAUGUGCUCUUAACUUCUUAUGAGAUGAUCAACUUGGACACGACAUCACUGAAACCAAUAAAGUGGGAGUGCAUGAUUGUUGAUGAAGGUCAUCGUCUCAAAAAUAAGGACUCAAAAUUGUUUCUUUCACUGAAGCAGUAUUCUAGCAAUCAUCGUGUGCUUUUGACUGGAACUCCUCUUCAGAACAAUCUGGAUGAACUUUUCAUGCUCAUGCACUUCCUUGAUGCUGGAAAGUUUGCAAGUUUGGAGGAGUUCCAGGAGGAGUUUAAGGAUAUAAAUCAAGAGGAGCAAAUUUCGAGACUUCAUAAAAUGUUGGCACCCCAUCUCCUUCGAAGGGUGAAGAAGGAUGUCAUGACAGAGUUACCUCCUAAAAAGGAACUCAUUCUACGUGUUGAACUAAGCAGCAAGCAAAAAGAAUAUUACAAGGCCAUUUUGACUCGUAACUAUCAAAUAUUAACUCGACGUGGUGGUGCACAGAUAUCUCUCAUCAAUGUGGUUAUGGAAUUGCGCAAGCUCUGCUGUCAUCCUUAUAUGUUAGAAGGAGUUGAACCAGAUAUACAAGAUUCCAAUGAAUCUUUUAGACAGCUUGUGGAAUCUUCUGGGAAACUGCAACUGUUAGACAAAAUGAUGGUCAGGCUUAAAGAGCAGGGACACAGAGUUCUCAUUUAUUCACAAUUUCAGCACAUGCUAGACUUGUUGGAAGAUUACUGCACAUAUAAGAAAUGGCAAUAUGAACGGAUCGAUGGAAAGGUUGGUGGAGCGGAGAGACAAGUUCGUAUAGACCGGUUCAAUGCCAAAAAUUCUUCCAGAUUUUGUUUUCUCCUUUCUACUAGAGCUGGAGGAUUGGGCAUAAACCUUGCAACUGCUGAUACAGUUAUUAUAUAUGAUAGUGAUUGGAAUCCUCAUGCUGAUCUUCAAGCAAUGGCUAGAGCUCAUCGACUUGGCCAAACCAACAAGGUAAUGAUUUAUAGGCUCAUUACACGGGGAACUAUUGAGGAACGGAUGAUGCAGAUGACUAAGAAGAAAAUGGUUUUAGAGCAUCUUGUUGUUGGAAGGCUGAAAGCACAAAAUAUUAACCAGGAAGAGUUAGACGACAUCAUUAGGUAUGGUUCAAAGGAGCUAUUUGCUGAUGAAAAUGAUGAAGCAGGAAAAUCACGUCAAAUUCAUUAUGAUGACACUGCUAUAGACCGAUUACUUGAUCGUGAACAAGUUGGAGAAGAAGAGGCUUCAGUGGAUGAUGAAGAGGAAGAUGGAUUUUUGAAGGCUUUUAAGGUUGCAAAUUUUGAGUACAUUGACGAAGUCCAGGCUGCAGCGGAGGAGGCAGCUCAAAAAGCUGCAGCAGAAGCUAAAUCUACCUUGAAUAAUUCUGAAAGGUCAAAUUACUGGGAAGAAUUGUUGAAAGAUAGAUAUGAAGUGCAUAAGGUUGAGGAGUUUAAUGCGUUAGGCAAGGGAAAAAGAAGCCGUAAACAGAUGGUGUCUGUUGAAGAAGAUGAUCUUGCUGGUUUGGAAGAUGUAAGCUCUGAUGGCGAGGAUGAUAACUAUGAAGCUGAUUUGACUGAUAGUGAGACGGCUUCUUCUGGAACACAGUCUGGAAGAAAGCCUUACAGAAAGAGAGCUCGUGUGGAUAAUAUGGAACCAAUCCCUUUGAUGGAGGGUGAAGGAAGAUCAUUUAGGGUGCUGGGUUUCAAUCAAAAUCAGAGGGCUGCAUUCGUACAAAUUUUGAUGAGGUUUGGGGUAGGGGAGUAUGACUGGAAGGAGUUCGCAUCUCGCAUGAAACAGAAGUCAUAUGAAGAAAUAAGAGAUUAUGGGAUUCUUUUCUUGUCUCAUAUCGUUGAAGAAAUAACUGACUCACCAAACUUUUCAGAUGGUGUUCCUAAAGAAGGACUUCGAAUUCAAGAUGUACUUGUUAGGAUUGCUGUCCUGCUUCUGAUCCUGGAAAAGGUGAAGUUUGCAUCUGAGAAGCCGGGCAUUCCACUUUUCACAGAUGACAUUGUAUUGCGCUACCCAGGACUGAAGAGUGGAAAAUUUUGGAAAGAAGAACAUGAUCUGUUAUUACUUCGUGCAGUCUUAAAGCAUGGAUAUGGAAGGUGGCAAGCUAUUGUUGAUGACAAAGACUUGAAGAUUCAGGAGAUCAUUUGUAAAGAGUUGAAUCUUCCUUUUAUAAAUCUGCUUAUCACAGGACAAUCCAGUACUCAAGCUCAAAAUGGUGUUAACGCUGCUAACACUGAACCUCCUAGCACCCAAGUGCAAGGAAAUGGUACUGGCAAUGAUUUAGCAGCUGAUGUUGCACAGGGGACAUCGGACAUUGGUAAUCAACCACAGUUAUAUCAAGAUUCCAAUAUAUUAUAUCAUUUUAGAGAUAUGCAGCGCCGGCAGGUUGAGUUCAUUAAGAAACGAGUGCUUCUUUUAGAGAAAGGGCUCAAUGCAGAGUACCAGAAAGAAUAUUUUGAUGACUCGAAGUCAAAUGAGAUUGCAACGGAAGAGCCUGAAGGUGACAUAAAGGCUGCAGAUGGAUUUAAUUUAGGCUCCACAGAGACUGAUGCUCAAAUGAUUGACCAGUUGCCUCAAACGGAACUGAUUACAACGGAAGAAAUUCUGACAGCUGCCUAUGAUGAUGAUCCAGAUAGAUUGGAAUUGCCGCAACUCUACAAUAAGAUGUGCAACAUAUUGGAGCAAAACGUUCAAGAAUCUGUUCAAACAUCCAUAACCAACCAACCAGCAAGUCUCAAGUUGAGGGAAGGCCUUCUUCCACUGGAGACCAUUUCUCAACAGAUAAAUCAAAUUCUCUCGCAUCCACAACAGAAGUCUCCUGUCCCUGAACAGAAUGCGCUAGAUUCAAAUGAAGCACAAGCUGAAUCGCAUGGCUGUCUAACACAAUCACAUUUACCAUCUAUCCAACAGAAUAAUGACAAUUCAUCUGUGUUGGAAGAUGCUGAGAGGAAGGACAUAAUGACAGAGUCCAAACUGCAAAAAGAAGGCAAUGAAAUUCCACCUUCAGCAGAUACAUGUAGAUCACCCAAGGAACCAGGAAUGAUCAAGGAUGAAGUUCAGAAUGUUGCUGACGGUUCUUCAAUGGAAACUGAAAAUGACGUGGGGGUGGAAGAAAAGAAGAAUGAUACGGAUACCAAAACUGAUGCUAUACUUGACGAAAACAAGACUGCAGAAAAAUCAAACACAGGAGUCAUUGUUUUAGAUGAUUAAUAUAGGCAAAUAACAAUUUCGUUAAAACUCUUCAUGAUACCUUAGCUGUAUCAUUUAGUUUACAGGCUUCAGCAAAAGAGACUAUCAAUUGCUGCAACUCUUCAACAUCUAUAAAUGUCUUUGUUAUUCCAAAGGCAUGAACGCAAGUUAAGUUUUCAAAAUACUAGUGUUACUGUGAA